CUCCUGACUGCUUUACCGGAGAACUGGGCUUCCAGGUCCCUUGCAUAAAGAGUCUCCUGGAAAAUUCUAGUACUCAAGGUCUCUGUCACUCUAACCUGAUGGACGGGUCAAUUUAUUCUAACUAUCCCCCACCUCUGGACCCCGCAUGGGAAAAAUUCCUGGUGUCGACAAUUAAAGACUGGGCAAUCCAGAAUGGCCUCGCUGUCAGGCCUCAUCCUAGUUUCGUCCCUGAAGGGGUCGAUUCAAAAGGAGUGCUGGCAACGAAUGCUCCGGUGACGUUGUUCCCCAGUCUCUUUCCGAAGGCCCGUUUCGAAGACGCAGUGGCACUGCAAACCGUGUACAACGAGCUGUAUGCCGCGAUCACUUGCAAUGAGGCCUGGUUGGGGAAAGUAAUGGAAAAUCUUAUUGAUGUGGAUGAUUUUAUUUCAAAUUUAUGGAAGGUCCAUCUUGCCGUCCAGAAGGAAGGCUAUGUCCAAACGCUAUCCCUGGGCCUCUUCCGAUCUGACUAUAUGAUCCACGCACCAUCAACUUCAGCUUCACCGUCUUUGAAGCAGGUGGAGUUCAACACCAUCUCAUCUUCUUUUGGCGGUCUAUCUUCCCUGGUGGCGUCUCUGCAUUCAGAGCUGCUCACAUCUCCACCUGGCCGUCCGAUCAGCUAUCCACCGCAUCCUCUGUUUGACUCGCGUUUACCGCCCAGUAACACUGCAGUCGAAACUCUGUCAGCCGGGCUCGCUGCGGCGCACAAGGCAUACGGUGUAUCCAAGUCUACUCCACCACUUCCAUUGUGUAUACUUUUUAUAGUCCAGGAGAAUGAACGGAAUAUCUUCGAUCAGCUAGCUCUCUCAAAACAGCUCAGUAACGUCUCCAAGAUACCAGUUUUUCGCGUGAACAGCUCGGAAAUAUUAGACCGGACAUUUAUUCCCGAGUACAACGCUUUCCGUCCACUGAUAUAUCAGACUCAUAAUCCGUCAGUGCAGUUCGAGGCUACAACUGUAUACCUCCGGGCCUUCUAUGCCCCGUCGGACUACAAUUCUCCUCGCGAUUGGGAAGCUCGGACCCAUUUAGAACGCUCUGCAGCGAUUAAAUGUCCAACGGUCCUUAAUCAACUUUCAGGCUGCAAGAAGAUCCAACAAGUUCUUGCAGAGCCUGCUGGCCCUGAUCAUCUCUCUAGCUUCCUUCCCCACAAGGACCCCGAGUUAAUUGCGAAGCUACGAGAAACCUUUGCACCCCAAUAUGAUCUUGCUACCGAGGGCCAGGGUAGAGAACUCGCCCUCAACCCGGAAACGGCCGCAAACCAUGUCUUGAAGCCACAACGCGAGGGAGGUGGAAACAACAUUUACAAGAAGGAGAUUCCGGAGUUCUUGCGUUCGAUCCCCGAGAGUGAGUGGAAGCGUUGGGUAUUGAUGGAGCUGAUUCAACCGCCUGCCGGUCCUAAAAAUAUAGCUUUGAGGAGUGACGGAGAAGUUCUGCGUGGUAAUGUGGUAGGGGAACUAGGUGUAUAUGGGACUAUACUGUGGGAUAACAGUACUGGUGAGAUCUCACAUAACGAGCAAGGAGGUUGGCUUCUAAGAACUAAGGGAAAGGAUGUCAACGAGGGUGGUGUAGCUGCUGGGUUCUCGAGUUUAGAUAGUAUUCUACUUUAUUAGAAUGUCCAGUUCCGUCUGAUGCAAUGAGGAAUAUAGAUGAUAUAUAGGAAUUAGAAGUGUCCUCUUUCCUGC